GAAGCCCAGGAGGGGGAUUUCAGAGCUUGGGAACUCGGUGGCCCAACCGGGACCCUCCUUCAUGUCAUUCCUGAAAGCCACCCAUGCACCGAGAUGACAUGCUUCAGUGAUAGCUUCUCUGAACGUGGAGGGGGAAAAAAUCGCCCAGGGUUUGGGGGCGGGGAAGGGGAUGUGAGGGCUUCCUGUGUGACUUACCAGAAACAGCCUGAGUGUGGGAGGCAGCAGGGCGGCCCUUAAAACCAGGCAGCCUGGUACAGCUGCAGCCCCUUCUCCAGGCCUGAGGACAGAGAGACAGAUACACAGAACCCCAGAGAUGAAGGCCCUCCUCGUGCUGGCUUGGUUCCUGACUUGUAGUGUGCAUACUGUGCCAGGCGGCUUGUUAGAGCUGAAGUCAAUGAUUGAGACGAUAACUGGAAAGAAUGCCCUGCUGAACUAUGGUUUCUAUGGCUGCUACUGUGGCUUGGGUGGCCAAGGGACCCCCAAAGAUGGCACUGAUUGGUGCUGUUGGGUGCAUGACCACUGCUACGGGCUUCUGGAGGAGAAAGGCUGCAACAUCGUUACCCAGUCAUACAAGUACAAAGUCACAUGGGGCUCGGUCACCUGUGAGCUCGGGCCCUUCUGCCAGGUGCAUCUCUGUGCCUGUGACCGGAAGCUUGUCUACUGCCUCCGGAGAAAACUAAGGAGCUACGACUCCAGCUACCAAUACUUUCCCCGGGUCUUCUGCUCCUAGCAGCCCUCAGUGAGCUGCUCCUGGGCCAGCACCUUUGCUCCUUUCUCCUACAAGACAGAGUUCACUGAUUCUGCUGUUCCACAGAGAGGCUCCUAGAUCUUGGGCCUCACUCUUUCUCCAUGGUCCACUGUGCUUGGAGGAGCCCUAGAGAUACAAUUCACCCUCCAGAGAGUCCCAUGAGAGUGAUUCUGGUCCUAGGAUUUGGCAAGGCCAGAGCCCCUGGGCCUCUACCUCUAGGGCAGCCCCUCUGGAACUGAGAACUGCCCCCUGAACUCCAAGCCAGCUCUGUCUCCCAUCUUCUUGCACAGCAGUGCCCUUUGUCCAGGAGAAAGACCACCCUUGGAUGCAUUUACUUUCCAGCUUCUGCAACCAGAUUAUCACCAGCGCCCCCGGAGGACGUUUACUCAAGUAGAAGUAAAAUUGACUCCCUAAAUCUGCCAUGCAGAUAUUAAAUAAAAUUCAUUCUCAAGGCUAAUAAAAACCACUUUCUUCUGCCAUGUGAGCUUGUCUGUGCCUCUUCCUCCUCCAUCAGUACACUGAAUUCGAAGUUAGCUGCGCUCUCUCCGAAAGAGAAGGCGUAGAUUAGUAAAUAGAAGGCUUUCCUUCUCUUGGGCUCAUCUCUUUAAACCUUGAGGGGUAGUCCUCUCAA